ACACGCAGAACCCUGGAGCAGCAUCUGUAAUGCGUUCUAAUAAGCAAGAGGAGAAAUCCAACUGCUGCGGGCCGACGUUCGGUUAAAAUCACACCAGAUGUUUUUACACCCGUGUCUGAUGCUUUCACAUCAGAUUCACCUGCUCGUGUACCUGAGUCUCUGUCAUGCUGGGAUGAUUUUCAUAUUAUAACAAACCUUGAAUAUAAAGCAACAGCAGUGAGAUGUCUGAAGGCGUCGUUUGCACGCUGCCGUCACCCUGCUGUUCCAAAAACUAGACAGGAACGUUAUGCUCCUUUCCAAGAGGAUCUAUUUUCACCAAAGUCUGAAGCUGCUGUGCACGUUGCCAACGCCUUUUUAUCUUUGUGUGAAGCAGUCACAGGCCUGAUUGAGAGAAGAGAGGAAACAUCAUGUCAGCACUCUGGAUUCUUUCUCUGUCUGCGCUCAUGUGCCCGAUAUCUUCUGCAUCUCACUGGAGGAGAGCUCUGUACCCAUCAGCCUUCCGAGUGAAGCGAGGGACUCCGGCUCUGCUCAACCCCUCUUUUCAGAAAUCUGUGGAAGAUGCCAAUCUUCUCUAUGAGGUGUUGUGGUCUGGAGCGUACAUGGACUCAGAGCGGGGGACGCUCCACAUAUCUGAUGAGGAGCUGGCCUCUCUAAGAAAACUGGACGUUCUGGAGGUGCUGUGUGAGGACGUGCUGCCCAGAACCCUGUCAGAGAUCCAACGCCUCAGUGCUCAGCUGGGACACCAGCACCGCGGGUCGCUGCGGAUGGAGGACUUUGAGCGCACUGUACUCACUAUGGUGUUUACAGCCCAACAAGUCCAACACACCAACCCCGGUCACCAGAGGGAGCUGUGGACAAACACUCUUUUACAACUCUAUAAAGCAAUUAAAGGAGACCUGCGGCCAGUGUGAGGGCAAACUGUUAAGAAUAACACAAAAUGAUUAAAGAUGACAGACUUCUAUAAAAGACAUUGGUUUGUUUUGACAUGGUCAGCACUGAAAGCACAUAAUGCAAACAUUAUGCAAAGCAACAAUCCAACAGACUUAUUGACUUUUAAAGGCAGGUUUAUAUUAUUUCAUGUCUUCUGUUAUUCAAAUAGGAAGACCUCUAUUUAGCCAUAUGUUAUAUUUUUGGACCUUUACAGUUCAUGGUGCUGUGAUAAAUAUUAUUACAAUGCUUUUAAUUUCAAGGACAUUUCAUUUUGUUUGUGGUUAUUAGGAACGUUAAACGAUUUUUGUCCUGUGUUGUCUGAUGUGCAGUGUAAAAUCUGUAACCAGAUGAGAAUCCACUGUCUGUAAUUACAGUAUUUCACCGUUUUCCGAAUGUAUAUGAUGUGCAUCUUAAGAUCUGCGUUUGCAUAAGUUGACCUUCACAAUGACAAUCACAUCUUUGCAUAAAACGUGUUGUUUAUUCACACCACAGUCAAAUUUGAUGGCACAUUAUUAGAGAAUGAGGUGUAAUGUCCUUGUAUGACUUUCCAUUUAUCCUCAGAUAAUGCAUUUCCUCAUGUAAUCAUUAUCACGUCCUUGCUUAUGUUUUACCUGGAAAAUUCCCAGUGGCACAUCAAAUCCUUCUCCUUCUGUGCUUGACACGGGAAAUGGUUUUCAGGGAAGAUUACAGAAUAUAUAAUUGUUAUUAGCAUUAAAACUGCACUGCUUUGCUCCUGAAUUAAAGAGCUUCCAACACAUGAAAA